AGUACAGGUAUUCGAACAGUGAGCAGCACCAAAACGUGUGCGCUGUUGAACCGUUGCUGUUGAGCAACGAAUUUUAUACACGACAUAUACAAAAAUAUACAGUGAAGCGAGAGUCACCAGCUCCAUUUGAUUUGGUUAGUUUUGAUUUGACGUUUUUUUUCUUUCUCUUAGAUUUCUUCGUUUAGAUUCGUUGUUUGUGUGAAUGAUAAAUGGUUUGGUAUUUGAAGUGGUUUGAUAGUGUAAUUGGUCAAAUCAACGACGAGAUUGAAGAGUCUAAUUCAAUUAAAAGUUCUACAUCAAUGAAAAGUGCUAAAUUACCAUGUUCAACAAUUAAUCAAGACAUCACGAAACUUCAAAGCAAGAAAAACGUCACAUGAAAUUCCCAUACACGAGUUCAUAUUGUGAUAGUGUGAAAACAUUUGUUUUGUGAUAAAAAGUGAAUUUGGAAAUGAAAUAAAAAAAUAUUAGAAAUUGUCUAUUCCAAAAUGGAAACAGAUAAAAAUCGAGCCGAAAAAUUAAAAUUACAAAUCAGUUUAUCAGUAUGCAGUGAUGAGUGUGGAGCACUUUCGAAAUCAUGAUAUUUAUUUGGUCGCUGUGCCAUCGAAAUUCAUUUAAAAAACAUAAAAAAAUUAACUUUCGAUCGAACAAUUUUAAUCGCACAGAGAAAUACCCAUUAAAAUUGAUGUGUAUUUUUCAUUGUUUCACUUCGUUUGCGAAGAUGAAGCGCUGGAAUUGUUGAAGCUAUUCAAGCGCUUGAACAAUUCAUACUCGCCGAAAGUUCGUCAUUGUAUUUCAAAUGUGAUGAUGUGAUGAAGUGAAAAAGCUAACACACAUUAGAAACGUAUUGUAAUAUUUGCUCCGUAUUUGCGAGCAAACAAGAGCACUCAAAUCUACAUAACAAUUCGAAAUGAAAACAAACAAUCUCCAAAAGCCACACACAAUCAAGCAUACGAGAGCGAACUGCUGCACUACCUUUUACAAAGAGAUGAAACGAGCGGACGCAAACGAGAAGACAAUGAAACGAAAAUAUACUAUGCGGCUAAAAUGUGUGUUUCGUAAUAAUUUGCCGAAAAAAAUACACAACACACUCACGAGUAUAUCAUAUGGUUUUUCUUAUUUUCAUUGCAAUGAAAUUCGACGAAAGCCUAACCGAUCGUGAUUCAAAUGCAGCGUGGAUCCUGUAACAAGAGAUAACAGCGAACAUUUAGUGUGAUUGCAAUAAAAUUAAAAAAAAAAAAUAAAUACGAACGGUUGCCGCCGACUGCGAUUCCAACAAAAAAAAAAACGAAACGAUUCAGUGUGUUAUUUCGAUAAACAAAUCUGCGGAAUAAAACGAAAGACCAGAGAAAAUUAAAAAGCGGGCGUAAAUAAAUAUCGAAAAUUCUCAGAGAAGUGUUACUAAUUUACAAUCGAAAUUUGUGAACGUUUCAUCUUCGAAGCCCGGUAUUGAAGUUUUGCAAAACCAACACAUCGAGAUAAUGAGUCAUUAACAUCGAGACGUUUUUUUGAUUUUGGUUUUCUCCACAAAAGACAGAAAAGAUAAGAUGAGGCCCAGAUUGAUGAAACGAAUGAUGUGGUCUUACACGUUAGCGCUAAUCGCUGUUUUGCUGGUACAGAAUGCCGUUGGCCAGUCAAACUAUGCAUCGCAUGCGAACAACGUCAACUACUUGGGUGAGGGUUUGCCCGGAGAAGCGACACUCGAUGGAAAAGUCACAAAAUUAGACGAUUUAAGCCCGAUCAUCUUUUUGAAUCGAACAAAAGCGUAUUUGAAUUGUGCAGCUGGCUCGAUGCAGAUUGAAAUGAAAUUCGCUGAACCAUUUUUCGGAUUGGCCUACGCUGAUUUUGACCGAAAUAGUGCUUGCCAAACGUUGGGCAAAGGCGACUUGAACGUACGAUUGGAACUUCCCUUGAAAGGAUGUGGAACGAAACAGGAACCACAAAGAGUGUUCACAAACAAUAUUGUUGUUCGUUUUCACCCUGGUCUUGAAAUGGACGGAGAUGAAAUUAUCACAAUUGUUUGCCGAUACCCACCGCCCGUUGCUCCACUGCCAGCUGCACCACCUGCACCAAUUGGACCACCAAUCAGUGCUGUUGUCGGGCCGCCAUUGAAAGGCGCUCAACUGUUGUUCAUCGUGUGUGCAAUUAUGUUUUUGACACUGUUGUUGCUCGGCUUAGGUGUUUCAUACUACUGUUUGAGCCGACGAACGAUUCCAGUUGUACGCCGCUUGCCAAUGUCAAUCGGAUCUGGAUCCGAAAUCACGAAAUUGAGCAGCAGCACAUACGGUCAAGUACCACCGUUGGAAGGCUUGAAAGCACCACAUAUUAUACCUCGUGCGCAUGCAAUCGUUGGUGCUUUACCAAGCACUUCAAGCAGCGAUGACAACCCAUUGAUUCCAUCGGAUUAUCCAAGUGAAUCACAUUCCGAAGUCGAAAUUGACACUCGCUCACUGCCAGGUAGCUCGGGUGGAAGUUACGACAAUCAAGCGUACAUUCAAGAUAAUUCGAGCAUUUACAGUGAACACUACGGUCACACCCAAGAAUUCCAAACAGCCAAUGCAAUGGCCCAGCAAUCGUUGGUGUCUCGUCUUCCGAUCGCUGUUAAGGAACCAUCGCCAACAUUCGAUGUUCAAGUGCGAGUGAAACGGCAAGCACCACAAGCUCCGCUAUCGUCAUUCUCAUCGGACACCGAAAGUCUUGGCACAAGCGUUCUUGAUCGAAAUAAUUUGUCAACGAUUAUGGAAUCACACGAAGAUCGCGAAAGCGUGAUAACGAUCGAUUCAUUGCCACAAGAUGUUGCACGCAGUCAAUUCACCUAUGUACCCGAAUUGCAUCCAAUACCUCGAUAUGAACAUCCACCGAUCACAACUGUUUCGAAAACAUACAAAGAAACAACGGAAGAACGCUGGGCCGCAGAUUAUCCUGAUUCCGUGCCACCGAGAUCGAUUCCAGAGACUCGUAGCGUUGUUUCGACUGACACCAGACACGAUAUGCAUUCGAUUAGUGAAAUGGUGGACACAACGCAUUUGUAUCAAUCAACAGCUUUGCCAGAUGAAGAAGUUGAACAUUUGCCCGAACCGCCAAUCGUUGCACGCAAACCUGAAAUCACCUCGCAUCUCGUCGACGACGUAUUCUUGCGCACAAUCACCGAAAAGACAACCAUUGAAGAUAUUGAGAAAUACAAGCGUAUGGUCACCGAAUAUAAAGCUAAACCAGCACCGAAUCCAACUUGGGAUGUUACAAUUCGCAACUAUCCAACUCAAGACAAACCACAAUGGGAAGACUUUUCGGAUAUAUCAAGUGCUCCGUCGGUUCAAAUUGAACCGGUUAAGUAUACACAGCCACCUCAAACUUAUAUCGAUGCAACUGGCGAAAAACUUACUAGUCCUGAGCUUGUGGGCAACAUGAAACCGAUUGAAAUUCCACCCGAAGACAAAGCCGUGCCCAAUUGGGACGUAUUGAUUCGUAUUCUGGAAAACCAGGAAGAAACAACGGAGGAAAUUUCAACAACGAGAACCACAAUGUCAAGACCAAUGCCAGUGCCAGCACCAGCACCAAUUCAAAUUCCAGAUGAUACCAGCUCAACGCAUUCGCAAACCAAUCAACACGUUUUGCAACGUCAAAUCAGCUACGAUGAUAAGAUCAAGUGGCGCGAUAUCAUCACCACUGAAUCUACCCUGCGAACGAUGCUCACUGAAGCUGUUGUCCGAGAAGAUUUUGAGCGUAUCCGCAGCGAUACGAGAUAUGAAACAAUAUUCGAACCACAAACAUGGGAUGUUAUCAUUCGCAUCUUAGCACCGCCAGACGAUGUUGAAUUGCGCAUGCCAAAACGCAACCGCAAGAAGGAACCAUGGGAUACACGAUCACGCCGUAGCUCACUGCCAACUUUGUACGAAUACGACAGCGAUGGUGGUUCAUCGGUUCGAACCAUUCCACAAGAUAUGCUUCCGACGGGCAGCUCCAACACUUAUCAAUAUCCACCACAGUCACGAAGAACAUCACGCUCGUCAUACAAUGCCGAAAACGUCGACAUGCGAUCGAUGACUGAAGUUUUAGUCGACUUUGGCCGUCCCGAAUCUGAUAACGUAUCUGACGUUAGCUCAUUCUAUCCAAACAGAUAUUACGAUGAUGAUCCAUAUGACAGACGAUCGAUUCAACGUUCAUUGAGCCAACCUAGUCUCGCUCGUUCAGCGACCGAGUUCACUGAACGCUGGGUCAUCCCAGAUGAUGUGUCCGAAGACUCAGAAUCACCACGGAAUAGUAAUCGUUUGACAACAUUCCAGCCUCGCGUACGUCGCCCACAGCAUGUAAUCACCGAAACUCAGUAUAUGCAGCAGAGUUCAUCAUCAUUCCAAGCAACAAGUACCACAUCGCCACCAAAAGAGUGGUACGGUAAUAACUCAAAGUAGAUAGUGCAUGGGAAAAAAUAAAUAAAUGUCAAACAGUGACGAUGUGCCAAUUAAGAUUGUACUCCGUUUAGAAUCCGAAACGAAAUAGUUUAAUCGAACGAUCAAACAGUUACUUUUUCUGCAUAUAAAUAGACUAGUCCACGAUUGAGCGGAUUUAAUUUUAUGAAAAAAAAAAAUUACUGCCAAUAAAGCUGCGACUCAUAUAUUUUCAUUUCGUACGAAAUUCCAUUCUUCAAAACAGAAAUCUAUACGUCGUCUGUCAAUAUGGAUUUUAAGGAUUAUCCCGUUCUCUUUUUCUUUAAUUGUAUUAACGUGAUGCUGUGAUAAAAAACAAAAUCCAUAUUUUCACUGCGUUUGCACUGACGCAUUCUCUAAUUACGGAGCCCAUUAGUCAGCAAAGUCAAACUUUUUUUUGUAAUCGAAAGACAACAAAUAGGAGAACAAUUACAUUUAGAGUAGGUGGAGGGACUCAAAUGCAAUCUCUUACGAAAAUUCUCUCGCUUAGUAGUUUCCACUUGUGUUAGCAAAUUAUUAUAUAUUUUUUUGGUUUGAAGCUAAAUUAUUGAAAAAGAAAUUCAAUUUCGAGAAGUAGAAUGAAGAAAAAUUCCGAUGUGCCUUUUCGAACAUAUUGUUAUAAGGAAAAUAGAAAUUGUUUAGUUUACAAAAUUUACGUAAUUCGAAUGAAAUAGAAAUUGAUCCACGUAACAACUUGCUUAAUCACAUAAUAGAUUUUUAAGAUUAUCUCUUUUUUCGACCCAAAUUCCUGGAGAACCGAAUCACAAUCAACAACAAAAAUUCUAUUUAUAGGAACAACGACAAACAAAUCCAUACUCUAACAUAAAUAUCCUAUCUUAAGCAACUCAAAUGCAGUAGAUUUACUAACUAUAAUACACUACGGUUGAAUACAAUUUUUAUCAUAAUGUAAUUGCAACGGAUUCAAUGAACCGUUCCCGAUGAGCGGCAGAAAAUAGUUGUUAAAACAAUACAAAUCACAUAGAAAAUUGUUCACGAAUACAUGUUUGUUUUGUCAACACUUUUUAUAUGAAUAAAUUUAUUACUAAUUCUAUAUCA